AUGGCUGGUGGUAGCCGCAGCAUAUUGGUUUUAGUUGCCAUGGUGGUCCUCACAUUGGACCAAACUUCCCUGCAGGUUUCUGCAUUGCUGGGCGGGACGGUUUACGUGAGAUUAACCAACCGACUAGAACCUUCAAACGCCACUGUCACAGUUCAUUGCAAAUCCGGGGACGACGAUCUGGGAGAUCAUCUAGUCGCAUUAGGCGAAACUUAUGAGUUCUCUUUUAAGAACAAUAUCUGGGAUUCGACCCUCUUCUUUUGCAACUUUGAUUGGGUAAGUGCUUCUCUAGGCAAAUCGGUGUCUGGCACCUUUGACAUUUACAAGGCCAGGAGGGAUCAAGAACGGUGCCUUCAUGAUUGCAACUGGUUGAUUCUUGAAACAGGGCUGUAUUCCUAUACCCUAAGGACUAAAAUUUGGGAAAAUCUCUACAGUUGGCCUCAGUGA